GUCCUGGGUCUGUCUGAACACAUUCCUCCACGUCGACACUGCUGCAGGCACAUCAUGUACCAGCUGGGUGAGAAGAAUAAGAAGAGGAAGAGGAGGAGGAGUGGGGAAUUAUUUGUCAGGUGACAUCAUGGUGUACCACCCUGAGUUCGAGCGUGCAGGUCAGGAGGAGGGACUUCAGGUGUGGCGGGUGGAGAAGAUGGAUCUUGUACUUAUUCCCAAGAGCCUUUACGGAGGGUUCUACACCGGGGAUGCUUACCUGGUUCUCAAUACCAUGGUUUCCCGCAGCGGAAGCAAGCAGUAUGAUCUGCACUACUGGCAAGGUUCAGAGUGCUCGCAGGAUGAGAGUGGCUCUGCGGUCAUCUUCACGGUGCAGAUGGACGACUACCUGCAAGGGAAGCCAAUCCAGUACCGCGAAAUCCAGGGCUACGAGUCCAGAACCUUCAGUGGGUACUUCAAAAAAGGACUCAAGUACAUGAAAGGGGGCGUGGCUUCAGGGAUGAAACAAGUCAUAACCAAUGAAGUGGACGUUCAGAGGCUGCUGCAGGUCCGCGGUAAACGUACUGUAAGAGCAACAGAGGUUCCGGUCAGCUGGGAAAGUUUCAACCGGGGGGACAGCUUCAUACUGGACCUGGGAGAGGACAUCAUCCAGUGGUCUGGCUGUCAUAGCAACCGCUUUGAGAGGCUCAAGGCUACCAUGGUGUCCAAGGGUAUCCGAGAUGAAGAGAGGUGCGGUCGUGGCAACCUGUUGGUCUGUAUCGAGGGAGAAGAGCCGGACAGGAUGCUGGAGGUUCUUGGGGAGAAGCCAGAGCUUCCUGAAGCUCACACCGACGACACCAAAAUGGAUUCCUGCAACAGGAAACUGGCAAAACUUUACAAGGUGUCCAAUGCAGGCGGCGACAUCGAGAUCAGCAUGGUAGAAGAUCACAAUCCAUUCCCUCAGGGUGCUUUGCAUUCCGGCGAGUGUUUCAUCCUCGACAACGGAGCAAACGGAAACAUCUUUGUCUGGAAAGGAAAGGAUGCCAACAACGAGGAGCGUCAUGCUGUCCUGCAGAGCGCAGACCAGUUCAUCAAAAAGAUGAACUACCCCGCAUACACACGGGUUCAAGUCCUUCCGGAGAAGGGGGAGACUCCGCUCUUCAAACAGUUCUUCCAAAACUGGAGGGACCCUGAGGAUACCGUCGGCAUGGGAGUGGCGUAUGUGUCCAAUCAGAUUGCCAAGAUAAAGAAGGUUGAAUUCGACGUGUCCCAGCUCCACGAAUCGGAUUCCAUGGCGGCGCAGUACGGGAUGGUUGACAACGGAGAAGGAGAGAAAACGAUCUGGCGUGUUGAAGGAUCAGAAAAGGUUCCUGUGGAUCCAGAAAGCUACGGUCAGUUCUAUGGAGGAGACAGCUACAUCAUCCAGUAUCAGUACCGUCACAACCAAAGAGGAGGUUGCAUCAUCUACAUAUGGCAGGGGGCGGAGUCCAGCCAGGAUGAAGUUGGAACAUCAGCCCUCUUGGCUAUCAACCUGGAUGAGGAAAUGGGAGGAAGGGCCGUUCAGGUGCGUGUGGUUCAGGGGAAAGAGCCUGCCCAUCUCAUGAGCCUGUUUGGGGGCAAACCAAUGGUGGUGUACAAAGGAGGCACUUCCAGAGCCGGCGGCGAAUCAGUGGAGGCAGACACCCGCCUUUUCCAGGUUCGAUCCAAUCCAGCAGGAAACUCUAGAGCUGUGGAGGUAGAGGCAUCUGCUUCCAAUCUGAACUCCAGUGACGUCUUCCUCCUGGUCUCCCCCUCUGGAUCCUGGAUGUGGAAAGGGAGGAGCAGCAGCGGUGCUGAGGUUAAGGGGGCUGAGCACCUGGUUGGAAUGCUGAAUGUGACCCCAACCCAGCUCCAGGAGGGACGGGAGGAAGGUGCAUUCUGGGAAGCGUUAGGCGGGAAGGAGGACUACUGUCACUCCCCUCGUCUGCAGAACAACAUCGAGGCUCAUCCUCCUCGCCUGUUUUCCUGCUCCAACAAGACUGGAAACUUCCUGAUGGAUGAGGUUCCGGGUGAUAUGACGCAGGAAGAUCUGGCCUCUGAUGAUGUUAUGAUCUUGGAUGCCUGGGACCAGGUCUUCGUUUGGAUCGGAGAAGAUGCCCAAGAGGAGGAGAAGACCGAGGCGGCAGCGUCAGCCGUCAAGUACAUCGAGAGCGAUCCCUCCGACAGAGACCACGGCACUCCCAUCGUGAAGGUGAGACAGGGAUCCGAACCCCCCACUUUCACCGGCUGGUUCCUGGGCUGGGACCAAGAGUACUGGGCGGAGGACCCGCUGCAGCGAUACCUUAAAAGCCUGGGAUAGAGUGACAUCACUUCCUCUGAGCUUCACUGCAGUGUGUUGAAUCCAUAAAUAAAACCUGUCUGUUUGCACAAA